AUGUUUAUAAAAAAAAUAAAUGCUAAAUAUUUCUUAUUUUCAUUAUUAUUGUAUUUUAUUUAUAUUAAAUAUACUGAUUAUUCAAAAAAUUUUGAAAAAUAUAACAUAUAUAAAAACUCUAUAGUUAUAUCAGCAUCUCCAAUAAAAAAGAGAGUUACGUUCUUAAGAAGAAAAGGAAUUACUUGUUUCUUAAAAAGUGUUUUUAUUAAAAAUUCAAUUGAAAAAAAAAAAAUAUAUAAAAAUAUAAAGUUUUCUUUAAAAAGUAGAAAAUGUGAUGGAUACAGAAAUACGAGAGAAGGAAAAGAAGAAACUAUCAGGAAAAUUAGGAGAAUUUUAAAAGUGACAAAAUUAUUAAUUCAAUUAAACAGUUUUAAAUUAACACCGAAUUUAAGAAUGGAUUUACUAAUAAACAUGCCUAGACCUCAUGUACGUAUGCAUAUGGUUAAAAACACAUUAAUGAAAAUUUCAGUAAAGAAUACCCCAUUUGAAGCUAUCACCCCAUAUUUAAAAGAAAGUAACGUUUAUUUGUUUAUAAUGAAUGAAAAUUAUAUAUCGUUUACUCUUUAUAAAAAUAAAAUAUUUGGUUCUAUGUAUAAAGAAUAUAAACUUAAUAACUUCAUAAAAUUAUCAGUCUACGAAAAUACAGUUUUAGAUAAAAAAGAAACAGAAGAUCUAGUAAAUUUAAAAUCAUACAAUGUAUAUUUUGGUCAUAUUAUUAAUAAAAUUAAUAAAAUAAUAACAAAUAUACCUAAUUCUAUUUUGCAAAUUCCUUCUUCUAUAGCUAGAGGAAUAUAUUUAAAUUCUCAAAAAAAAUAA